AUGAAUCCAAGAAAGAACAAAUGUCUUUCCAUAAGUGAAAAAAAGCGUGUGAUUCAAGCUGUGGAGGAUGGACAAUAUAAAAAAGAUGUUGCUAAACAGUUUGGUAUUUUACCGUCGACAUUGUCAAUGAUUUUGAAGAAGAAAGAUUACAUUACGGGAAGUGCUUUUAUUGCGAAUAGAAAAAGAUCACGCCAGGGAGACUUUCCUCGUCUUGAAGAGUGCUUGAUUAAGUGGAUUCAUCAGUGUAGAGGGCAAAACCUUCCUAUCGGUGGUUUGAUGUUGAAGGAAAAAGCCAAGUCUAUUGCACAGUCUUUUGGAAUCGAAGGAUUCGCAGCAAGCGAGGGUUGGCUCUCGAAUUUUAAAAAUCGACAUGGCAUUACAUUUAAUAAAAUCUGUGGAGAAAGCGACAGCGUGGAUCAUACCACGAAUAUAGAAAUAAUAAGUAAGUAA